CUGAAGUGAACCAGGAGAUGGGGAGCUACACCACUCGUUUCGCUUCUACUUUCUCGCAGUCAUAAUGUCCUGUAUGUAAUUCUGUGUGGACUUGUCAGUUUUUAGAUGGUAUCUAAAUAGUUUCCUGUCUGAAAAUACUUCGUAUCGGGUAUGGGUGUUUAUUUAUGAGAGUACUCUAAUAACUACUUGUUUUUGUUGCACUCCCUUACUGAGAAGAGCGCGCGCGUUGAAGGUGCGUUUUAUGCAUUACAUCUUACAAUGAGAGAGUGCUUCGUGUGCGUAUGGGCGUUUAUCCUGCUGCUAAGGUUACCAACAUGUCCAGGGGAAGAGAUCAAAGACGUCUCUGCGAAUGUUGUGAAUCCCUGUUGCUAUUACCCCUGUCAAAACUGGGGUGUGUGUUUAAGGUUUGGCACUGACCGCUAUGAAUGUGACUGCACUCGCACUGGCUUCUAUGGACAGAAUUGCACUAUCCCUGAGUUCUGGACAAGGGUCUACCUGAAGCUGAAGCCGAGCCCUGAUGUGGUCCACUACAUUCUCACACACUUCCACUGGCUGUGGAGCCUCAUCAACAGGACCUUCCUACGGGACUGGCUCAUGAGGGUGGUCCUCACAGUCAGAGCAAACCUUAUUCCCAGUCCUCCUACCUUCAACUCAAAGUAUGGAUACCUCAGCUGGGAAUCCUACUCUAAUGUCUCCUAUUACACCCGUAUCCUACCGCCUGUGCCUGAAGACUGCCCCACCCCUAUGGGUGCCAAAGGAAAGUCUGUCCUCCCAGACCCAAAGCUGGUGGUGGAGAAGUUUCUGCUGAGGAGGAAGUUCAGGCCAGAUCCACAGGGAACCAACCUGAUGUUUGCUUUCUUCGCUCAGCAUUUCACCCAUCAGUUCUUCAAGACUCAAAACAGCAUGGGCCUGGGCUUCACCAGGGCGCUGGGGCAUGGGGUGGAUGCCGGCAAUGUUUACGGCGAUAAUCUGGUGCGUCAACUGAACCUCCGGCUUCUUAAAGACGGAAAGAUGAAAUACCAGGUAAUUAAAGGUGAGGUGUACCCUCCAACGGUAGCAGAGGCGCCGGUGAAUAUGAGCUACCCUCGAGGGGUUCCCGAGGGGCAGCGCAUGGCCAUUGGGCAGGAGGUGUUUGGGCUGCUGCCAGGCCUCACCUUGUACGCCACCCUGUGGCUGAGAGAACACAACCGCAUCUGUGACAUCCUGAAGGCCGAGCACCCCACCUGGGGGGAUGAGCAGCUCUUCCAGACCACCAGGCUCAUCGUCAUAGGUGAGACUAUCCGGAUAGUGAUCGAGGACUACGUGCAGCACCUGAGCGGCUACCUGUUGGAUCUGAAGUUCGAUCCGGUCCUGCUCUUCAAGUCCACGUUCCAGUACAGGAACCGCAUCGCUGUGGAGUUCAACCAACUAUACCACUGGCACCCCCUGAUGCCAGACAGCUUCCACAUAGACGGAGACGUGGUGCUCUACUCCCAGUUCAUCUUCAACACCUCCAUCGUCACACACUACGGGGUGGAGAAACUGGUGGACGCUUUCUCACGCCAGUGUGCUGGACAGAUAGGAGGUGGGAAGAACAUCCACCCAGUGGUGACCAAGGUGGCCGAGGGUGUUAUUGAAGAGUCCAGGGCUCUGCGUCUCCAACCCUUCAACGAGUACAGGAAGAGGUUCAACCUGAGGCCCUACACAUCUUUCUCUGACUUCACUGGUGAGGAGGAGAUAGCCAGGGAGCUGGAGGAGCUCUAUGGUGACAUCGAUGCGCUGGAGUUCUACCCUGCCCUCAUGCUGGAGAAGACACGCCCCAACGCCAUAUUUGGCGAGAGCAUGGUGGAGAUGGGGGCUCCGUUCUCCCUGAAAGGCCUUCUGGGUAACCCGAUCUGUUCCCCUGAGUACUGGAAGCCCAGCACGUUCGGAGGCCAGACAGGCUUUGAUAUAGUCAACUCAGCCUCGCUGGAGAGACUGGUGUGUCUGAACAGUAAGUGGUGUCCGUACGUAGCCUUCAGUGUGCCUCCAGCCGGGCAGGAGCCGCCGCCAAGGAAACCGUCCACUGAACUGUAAGCUAUAGUGAGUUUACUGUAUUCCAUGGUUACGUUAGUGUUGUUGUAUGGUAUUAUUCUAAUGCCCUUGCCCACCUUUGAUGCCUGUACUGUAUAUUAUGUUUACAAUGCAAGGACUGCAUUUAUGAAUCAUCACCAAGUUCCCUAUGUACGUUGUACUUUGUGAACAUGAAAAGUAGCCCGGAUAAAAACUCAUAAAAUAUAAAUAAAAUAAAAUAAUAAAAUAGUCAAACAGUGAAAUAGUCUGUAAUAAGGUUUAUUUGAUAUUGAUUUAGGUCUACAUUACAGUACAUCCAUAAUGAUCUAGCUAUGGUCAUUGAUUUAACAGUAUUUUUGCAAAAAGGUACAAACGAAAAUCACAUUGUGGAAACUGUAUAAUAGAAUAUUGUCAAAUGAAGUACAGCAGUAUUAUUUUCACCUUGUUGGCAAUUCUUGAGUAAAUAAAAAAAUCUAUUUGAUACA